UGUGCAUAAAACAGACUCUGUUGAUGCAGCAAGGCAUAUACUUUUCUCCAGGACAGGUAAACCAGAUGGAAUGCUGCUGACAAGCGAUGUGCUCCACUUCCAUCUGCUGAGAGUACACAUCCAGGCAAUGUUUUGGAGAAAUGCUCACUAUGCCACACCUGAGCUUCCCUCACCCCUGUGAUCUGGGAUGGAAACAUGGCGAUUCAGGACUACAGCCCAUUCUUAUGACACAGAAUCCAAUGCCUGAAAGUUGCCUGGAAAUGAUCCUGUGUGCCUGUAAAAAACAAUGCACAACACGCCAGUGUAAAUGCCGAAAAUCUGGGCUGUUAUGCACUGCAAUGUGUGCAUGUCAGAGUGAUGACCAAUGUCCUUGUUUAAAUGUGGAAUUGUAGUCCUCAAGCAUACCAAGGCAAGGGGUAACCAAAGAACUUGGAAAAGGACUGCAGAAAGAAAUACUGAUCAAAAUGAAAUCUCAGACAACUUGCACUGGUGUUUUUCUUAGUUAUUAUGUAAUAUGGAAUACAUCACAUAUCAUAUAUAUGUGUAUAAUCCCUUUACACCCCCGACUGCGUGGCUACACACGGAUCCAAUGCAGUGAUCAAGUUUGCCGAUGACACGACAGUGAUGGGCCUGAUCACUGAUGGUGAUGAGACGGCCUAUAGGAGCGAGGUCGACUGUCUGGCUCAGUACAGCCAGGACAACAACCUCAUUCUCAACACCGAUAAAACCAAGGAGCUCGUAGUGGACUUUAGAAGGAAGAGACAGAUUCAACACCCCAUCUCCAUCAAUGGGUCUGCUGUGGAGAGGGUACACAGCAUUACGUUCCUGGGGGUCCACAUCACCAGAGACCUCACCUGGGAGGAGCACACCAACCAGGUGGUGAAAAAAGCACAGGGGCGCCUAUUUCACCUUAGGCGUCUGAAAAAGUUUGGCACAACGGAGAGCAUAUUGACUGGAUGCAUCACUGCCUGGUACGGGAACUGCACUGCCCAAAGCCGCAAAUUGCUGCAAAGGGUAGUGCAGACAGCUGAGAGGAUCAGCGGAUGUGAGCUUCCCUCCAUCCAGGACACGUACAAGGCCCGGUGUGUCAGGAAGGCCCUCCGAAUCAUAGGGGACCCCAGCCACCCCAACCAGAAACUGUUUGAGCUACUGCCAUCAGGGAGGCGGUACCAAAGCCUAAGGGCCAAAACCCAGAGGAUGACAAACAGUUUUUUCCCCCAAGCAGUCAGACUCCUGGAAAAACACACUACCCCCCAACCAUCCACACGCACACUACAACAACAGACUGGUUUUUAACCAUCUAUUG